AUGUUUAAUCAAUUGAGUCAGAAGUUAUACUUUAUCCUUAUUCUACUUAAUUUGGAUUGUAUAGCUGUUUAUGGUCAAGACUGUUCAAUGGCAAAUCAACAGACUUGUUCUCUUGGAGGAUCGGUAUGGUGCUGUCCGAAAUGUUCAACUAAAGUCUCGUAUUGUACACUUAAACCACCUCCAACAUUUCCCUCGAUAGUGACUUUUCAUUUUACACGACCAGAUUAUUGGGAUAUAAAACCACUUCCUUCUGGAGAUCCAAUCUCUCCAGCAUUGCAAGUGGUUUUAGGACUUGUGGUAGGUUCCGUCGUUUGCUGUCCUCUGAUUAUUGUGGCUGUUUUGACAUGUUGUGCAUGCAUCCAAGAUUUUUACACAAAGAGACAACAAAAUCUCGACCAAAGGCAACUCAGAAAACAAGCAAAGCUUGGCGUUCCUACAUCAUCUAAUGAAAAACCAUCGUUAUCAACCAUUUCUAGUGCGCUUGAAGCACUGCCACCGCCAUACGACGGUGUCAGCGAUAAACAUCACGUGGAAGCUGCACCACCAUCAUACAAUAUUGCACUUAUUCAUCUGCAAUCUUCGGAUACAAUAAUAUCAAUUAAAGACACUGAUUGUUAG